AGCAAACCUGUGUGUGUUAUCAUAAUUCUGAAGAAAAUCAGAUAAUAUUUUAUAAGAAAUUCAUGCAUAAAUCAGUGUCCCACAUGUCCUUAUCGAACAUAUGGAGUGAUAUUUUUCAUCUGUACUUUACCUAUUUUCUCAAGUCUGUUUGAUGGAACAGUUUAAAAAAUGUCCCAUUUAAGAAUAAUUAAGACAAACUGGUGGUUCAGUGAGAAAACAAUUACACAUCAAAGAGGCGGAGCUUGAAAUGAGUGUUUUUUUGUUUUGUUUAAAAAAGAGAACUUGUUUUUUUCACAGUAAAAGAGGAAGUGAGGGAAAUAAUAGUUGAUGCAGGGUCUGAACAAGUGCAGUGUGAGGGUAAAUGCGAAUGAAAACUCUGCAGAGUCAAGGCAUAGGAACAGAUUUGUUUAAAGUUCCUUCAAAAUGGGUGUGACAGACUCAGAUUGCUCGAGCUUCUGGUGGAGAUUUGCACUGGGUUUAAGUAUCUGCAAUGUUGUUUUUACUUUUAUAACUAAACGCUGCAUAACCACUGAGGAGCAUCUCAUCAGAGACAUGCCCAAGACUCCACACUGCAACCAUCUUCCAGGAAGGGGUCCAUACACAGACUGCAAUAUUAUAGACCUUCGCACUGAUCUGUCAGAGGUAGGUCAUGAGGUUAGAUCCCUCUGCAUCAUCAGCGAUAUAACAAGCAUUCCUGCCAAUGCCUUUUCACACUUACCUUCUUUGGAAGUCCUUCAAAUAGAUGGUAUAAGCCUUGCGAGGGUUCAGUCUGGUGCAUUUUCAGGACUCCCCAAUCUGAAGUAUCUCUGGCUGCAUUUCAGUGAUAACAUUUGCAGAUCCGUUGCCAUGGAAAGUCUUGCAUUUGCUGGUUUGACUAAUUUAGAGGAUUUGACACUGAUAGGUCUGAAGUUAUCCAACGUAUCCAGCAGUAUAUUUGAUCCGUUGGUUAGUGUAAUCAAACUAGACAUUACCAGAACUUGUGCAAUGGACCUUAGUGAUAUUUUCUGUUAUCUUCCGGAUGGAAUGUCCCAUCUGAAGGACCUGAAUGUUAGAGAAAGUGGGAUUUCAACGAUUGAGACCAAAGAAUGUCCAGGGGGAUCAAAGACCUGGCCUCUGACUGUUCUUUCUGGGAUUCGAAACCUUUAUCUAAUAGGGAACAGUAUCGAAAUUAUCCAAGCAAACUCAUUAGUUGUGUUCCAGAACCUCUCCAGCUUUUUUCUGGAGUUCAAAGGCGAGUCUUUGGACAGUAUUUGGGAGUCUGGGAUUGGAAAAGUCAGUGAGUUGUGUUUGUCAGGGACAUCAGUAGAAAAAUACUCAACAAACUUCAAAGAUUUGUGUCAUCUUGCCUCCAACCUUCAUCUUCAAUCCCUCAGCCUCAUUUAUACAUCAACAGACAGAUUGUCUGCAGAGGACUUAAAGGAUUGUGGGACAACAUUGACAAAGUUAUUCAUGAGCAGUUCGGAAGUAGACCAACUGGACUUUAGUUUCUGGACAGGAAACGCAGGUAUGCAAACACUGCGAAUGCCCUAUAUGAAGUUGAAAGAAGCACCAUUCUGUGUUGGUGUGAAUGGGACUGUGUGGUCCUUAACCUCACUAGACCUCACCGGAAACUCAAUUAAAGAAAUUGACGGAGACCAGUUUGCUUGUAUGCCUUUUCUCGAGCAACUCUUUCUCAGUAAAAAUACCAUAAAAACCCUACAGCUGAAUGCAUUUCGUGGUUUGCAUCACCUUAAAAUUCUCAAGCUUGAUUCGAACAAAAUUUCACAGCUUACUGCAAAGGAUUUCAGAUCUCUUCAGGCUUUGGAAAUCCUGCUUAUCGAUGAUAACGUCAUUGAGUCUAUUGAGGACGGAACAUUUCGGGACCAGCGGGAGCUUCGUGAACUGUCAUUUGGUAGAUUGGAGUAUGUUUAUACAUUGCAUCUAAAUAUGAUUUUUCAUGGGUUUCCACCGAAAAUACAACGACUAAGAAUCGAUGCACAUUAUGGAACAACUUUUUACAUGGGAAGUACACCACAGCCCAAGGGAACAUUUCUUCUGGAGUUAAAUGGAGACAGGCUGGAUUUUGUGGACUGUAAAACUUCUGUUUUCAAGGCAGUUCAAGAGCUGAAAGUGAAUUGCACCUUUUUCAUAUGCAAGAACGAGUUCAUGGCACCUUAUUUCCCAAACGUGGAAUCUUUUGAGAUCUCAGGAGAAGCUGAAGGAGCACAUCUCAGUUACACUAAAAUCAAUACACUGCACCGUCUCAAGCGUCUCAAGCUCAUCAACCUGAACUUUUUCAAUUAUACAGAAACUGGAAGUGUCUUCAGGAACCUAACACAACUCCAAACCCUAGUGCUGGUAAACUGCCAUCUCAGCUUCCUGACUGAGAGUAUGGUUAAAGAUCUGACAUCUCUGCAACUGUUGCGUCUCUACAGCGACCAUCCUCUGAUCUUGAUUGACGGUGUGUUUGAAGUUUUGCCAGCACUAACAGCAUUUGUUCUUGACCGAGUGGAUUUUCAGUGCAGUUGUGUUAGUGGCUGGAUCCUUGAUUGGGCAGAGAGCACGGAAAAAGUCCAGGUUAUCUACUUGCAGAAGCAGAAGUGUGUCUGGCACUAUAAGAAACUCAAUUUCUUGGCUACCAUGGAGAAGCUAUGUCAGACUGACGCACAGUACAUUUGUUAUGUAGCCACAGCUGGCAGCAUUUGUCUUCUGCUGUCGGCAGCCGUUGGAUAUCGUUUUGCUCGCUGGCCUUGCGUAGUCCUCUUCUUCCGCCAGAAAGGAUGGGUGGAGAGGAGGUUUGGCAGGCAGUGGCAUAAGAGGAGGAGAAGACUCCAGGAGAUCGAGGAGAUGCAGUACGAUGCCUUUGUGUCUUUCUGUAGCCGAGACGAAGCCUGGGUUCUGGGGGAGAUGGCUCCUCGGCUGGAGGAACAAGGGAACCCGAGAUUGAGGCUCUGUUUGCACAACAGAGACUUUGAGGUGGGAAAAGAUAUCAUGGACAACAUCAGCGAGAGUAUCUACAGCAGUCAGUGUACAGUGUGUUUGAUCAGCCGCCGCUAUCUGCGUAGUGACUGGUGCAGUCUGGAGAUGCGAGUGGCCACACACCGGCAGCUGGAAGAGCAGAAACACAGACUCAUCCUCAUCUUCCUCGAACACAUCUCUCCUUUUGAGCUCUCUGCUUUUCAUCGUUUGGCCAGACUGGUGAGAUCCCGUACAUAUCUGGACUGGCCAGAGGAUGAAGCUGACAGAGUGCACUUUUGGGAUCGUUUAAGGAGGAACAUUGCAGAAGAAGACAUGAAUGACACUGAGGAAGCUUCUUGAAACUACACCGUUAAACAUCUGGUGCGUUCCACAAGGACUGUGGUCAAGGAGAAGUGAUACACUGUAAAACAAAUCUUAUUAGUUCAUUCCAUUUUUAAAAAUGCCUGUUACGCUUAUAAAUGUUAUGCUUGUCAGUGUUAAUUAAUGAGUAUAUGAAGCAACUUGUUGAUUCAUGCUUUUUUCACUGUAUGUUAAUCCUAACUUAAUUAUUAAUUUGAUAAAAUGAAUAAAUUGCUCUUAUCACA